AUGCUGCUGCUGCUGCUGAUUGUUCAUGCCGGGGGACACGGGGUGCAGUACACCGCCACCGCCUCAGGGGGGGGGACAGCCUUCCGAUUUGCUGACGGCGCAGCGCAGUGGACGGUGUGGCAGCUCUGCGACUCAGGCUUGCCCACCGGCGGGUUUGCGCACUCCGGGGGGCUGGAGGCAGCGGCAGCGCAGGGGAUCGUCAGAGCUAAGCAUACAGGGAGCCUUCUCCGGUUUGUCCGCGGCGCCUUGGCCAACGCCGCCUCCUUGCAACUCCCGUUGUUGCGGGAAGCCCGGAGGGCGCGCACGCUGGAAGCUUGGUUGGAGGUUGACUCCGUUGCUCACGCCUGCAUCACGGCGGAGGCGGCGAGGAGAGCCUCUCUGGCGCAGGGGGCGGGGCUCCUUCGAGCGGCUCAGGCGAUGUUCCCCCUCGGGGAAGAAUGCGGCGCAAUUAUCAUCGAGUUCCGGGCUUUGGUCCGGCGGGGAGGAUCCGCCGCAUUCUCCGAAGCCGGCGGGGGCGGCCGCGAUCAGGCAACGAGCGAGGGAAAAAGCGGCGGAAGUGGGACGGAGAAAUCCCGUACCAGCAAGAAGAAGGCUGGCGCGGCGUCGGCGCUCGUGACCGCUCGGGGGCACCACGCUCCGGCCUUCGGAGUGGUGUGCGGGGCUCUCGGCAUCGAGGAGAACGAGGCGGCGCGGGCCUUCAUGUUCCUCGUGGCCAGAGACGUCUUGUCCGCGGCGACGAGGCAUGUUGUCCUUAAUAGGCCCGCUGGAGGCGGGUAGGCUCGUCAGCAGCCUCUCCGGGUACGUUGAAUCCCUGCUAAGGGUGGGAGAUGUCGAAAAUGUCGGAUAUGUCGGAGGUCCGACGGGGGGGGUCAGUGGCAGAGACGACGACAGCACCGAAGAAGGAACGGAUUUGCCGGGGCGGUUAUUGUCAGAAGAGUGGGGCGGGGGAGGCGGGGUCGCUGGCCGCGUCUGUCAGGUCGACCCGGUGCAAGACGUCGUACAGGGCUUGCACGACAGGCUGUACUCACGCAUGUUCAACAGCUAGCUGAGAGAGCGGCAGGGAAGGUCGCCCGUUGUGUAUUUCUAAGUUUGGCGUGUUCGCUUCUUUAGCUUCGGGUGGCGGAGGCAGAUGGUUCUUCGGUGUCUCUUCAGACGUAUAUUGUACCCUUUCGGGGUUGCCCAUCGCUCACGACGUGUGUAAAGUUCAGCUGUUCGGGACGUGUUGUCGAGGGGGGGAAAGUGUCGAGAGAGGUGGCUUUGAUCGCUUCCCGCCCUCCCCCCCUCCCGGUGUUUGCCAUGGGGGUUGGGUUUUCGUCGCUU